CCGGCGGAGAGUCUGAGUGGGAAACGUGGGUGUUGUUGGAGGAAGGGGCCAGCAGGGGGCGCCUCAGUCCACCAUGGUGAAGGAGACAGGCUACUAUGACACCCUGGGGGUGAAGCCCAGCGCCUCCUCGGACGAAAUCAAACGUGCCUACCGCAAGUUGGCCCUGAAGUUCCAUCCUGACAAGAACCCCAGCGAGGGCGAGCGGUUUAAGCUCAUAUCCCAGGCUUAUGAAGUUCUGUCAGACCCAAAGAAAAGGGAACUCUAUGACCAGGGCGGGGAACAAGCUAUUAAAGAAGGAGGCUUAAGUGGCGGCAAUUUCUCUUCACCCAUGGACAUCUUUGACAUGUUCUUUGGUGGUGGAGGCCGAAUGAAUAGAGAGAGAAGAGGUAAGAAUGUUGUCCAUCAGUUGAGUAUAUCCCUUGAAGACUUGUACAAUGGAGCCACAAGAAAGUUGGCACUUCAGAAGAAUGUAAUUUGUGACAAGUGCAAAGGCUACGGUGGAAAGAAAGGAGCUGUAGAAAAGUGCUCUACGUGCAAAGGACGAGGAGUGCAAGUGCUUGUUCAACAGAUUGGGCCUGGCAUGGUGCAGCAAAUUCAAACGGUCUGUCCAGACUGUAAAGGCCAAGGCGAACGGAUAAAUCCCAAAGACAGGUGUACCACCUGCAGUGGCAAUAAGGUGGUUAGAGAGAAAAAGAUCAUAGAAAUUCACAUUGACAAAGGGAUGAAAGAUGGUCAGAAAUUAGUAUUUCAUGGAGAAGGUGACCAAGAACCUGACUUGGAGCCUGGAGAUGUCAUUAUUGUGCUAGAUCAAAAGGACCACCCAGUGUUUCAGAGAAGAGGCAAUGACCUAAUUAUGAAAAUGAAAAUUCAGCUGACAGAGGCAUUGUGUGGAUUCAAAAAGACCAUUAAUACACUGGAUGACAGAGUCCUUGUAAUAACUUCAAAAUCAGGUGAAGUAAUAAAGCACGGAGACAUCAAAUGCAUCUUAAAUGAAGGAAUGCCAAUUUAUAGAUCUCCAUUGGAAAGAGGUUCCUUAAUCAUACAGUUUUUGGUUGCAUUCCCAGAGCAUCACUGGCUUUCCAAGGACCAGCUACCUCUUUUAGAAGCUCUGCUUCCCCCACGGGAAGAAGUCGUAAUUUCAGAAGACAUGGAUCAAGUUGAUCUCCUUGAAUUUGAUCCAAAAGAGCGGCCUUAUCGUAAUCACGGGGAGGCCUAUGAAGAGGAUGAAGAAGGCCCCAGAACUGGUGUGCAGUGCCAGACAUCUUGAACUGGGGUGUAAUGGACUUACGCAGUGAUAACUUCAAGAAUUAACGACAAGGCUUUUAAAAGUUGAUUGUCAUGUUCAGUACAAUGAGUUGCUGUAUUUUCAUUUUUGUAACUAUUUCAUAUUUAAGUAUUUAUUUACAAAUAGAUCUGUAACUUAAGCCCUGAGUAUGCUGCAGAUCCACUGAAUACAUUUGGUUACUUUAAAGAUACACAACUUUCAAGAAAGUAGAGAAUCACUUUUCUAGCAUUGCUUACAUGAAACACCAGUACCACUUCAACUUAAUGGGGUGUUCUCUAAAGUUCUCAAACUGUCUAACAGAGAUAUUUCUUCAAAUAAAAUAUAA